UUGGCAGGACAAUUGGGCUGCUUCUUGGAACCUCUGGGAGAGCCAAAAAACGAAGACUGAAAUCAGAGGAGGACUUUGUUCAAUUUGUUGAUUUGUACAAGUGCAUGUCAAAACUACCAGACAUUACUGUAAAGUGAUGAUGAAUCCACAGCUUUUGUUGAUGGCAGAUGUCGGACAGUUCGAACGUGACGACUCUGGGGAAAAUGAACUUGCUGAGGAAAUUUGGAGUGACCUCAUUGAUGAGAUGACCCUUGGAUUAUGUUUUGAUGUUCAUCGUUCUGUCAAGCUUGGACUCAUGAUCAUGGAUGACAUGACAGAAGAGGCUCAGCAGGAAUAUGAGAUAGUUGACGAACCAGGACUGGAUGUAUUUGGUCAGCCUCCUCUGAAGAAGCAUUUAGAAUGUUUGUGUCCUAGCUGUAAUCGCAACCUGGCAGCAAAUCGCUUUGCUCCACAUCUUGAGAAAUGCAUGGGAAUGGGUAGAAACAGCAGCAGAUUAGCAAGCAAGAGGAUAGCCAUAGCAAACACUACCAAACUGGACAGUGAUGAAGAUGAUGAUAGAGAUUUAGACUGGACAAUGGCUGUAAAAGGUUCCAAGAGAUCAAGGAAAGAAAAGCUUGGUAAUAACUCUCCAAGAAGAACCAAAUCAAAAUUGAAACCUGAUGUCAGUGAUGUAUCCAAUGUUAGUAGUACCAAUAUGGAGAACAGCAUGGCAACUUUUAAGGCCUUGGGAAAUUCUGUUCCUGUCUUUGAAACUCUGACUUUGGAAGAAAGGAAAAACAUCUUGAUGACAACCUGUGGUGUUAUAUCAGAGCAUACUAAAAAAAUGUGCACAAAAUCACUGAGAUGUCCACAGCAUACAGAUGAGAUGAGACAAGGAGUAAGGAGAUACCUUCUUGGCCUUGAGACAGAGGAAAGACUAAGACACAAGGCAGAUGGUGUUCUUGAGACAGAAGAGAUUGAUAUAGAUACCUAUGAAGAUGGAGACAGUCAGGCUCUAAGGGAACGUCUCAAUAGAAUACAGCAGUGGGAUGCUAUUAGUAAUCCAUCACCAGCUGAAUCAACCUCCACAACAAACUCAAAUGAGGGCCAGGGUUCCAAGAAACGAAAGAAGGGAGGUAAACUCACCCAUCGGAAGAACAGGAAACAGCGCCCUCCUUCAGCUCAGUCACAGACUAGCAGCGGUUCAACAUCUGCUGCAGCAGCUGCAUUGCAGUAUGAGGUCAUUGACUGAUCAUGCAUGAAGGUGUGGCUGCUGAUAUUAGGGGGAUUCCCCUGAUGAAGGAAUGAUGUCAUUGAAGGAGGGAGACAUCCCGUAUGCUGCUUCCUUCCAUGCCAAGAUGGCAGAGAUCUUCCAAAUGAUGGAGGAAAGAUGAAUGUCUUCCAAUGCAGGGGGACAGAGAAUAGAGCAUUGAGAUUGAAUGUUGAUUGAUAAAGUUGUAAUGUUACAAUUCAGUGUCUGUUUAUUGGUUGCAGAAAUGU